AGAAACUGCCAGCCCAGACCACAGGCUCAGAGGCUGAAGCAGGAGGAAGGAAGGACUGGAAGGAAAAAGAGACAGGUUAGAGGGAAAGAGGCUUGGGAAGAAAACAGCAGAAAAGAAACUGCUCAUUACACUUACAGAGAGGCGAGUAACGGUGGAGAUGAGGACAGAGGGAACCAAGACUCUGAAAGACAAAAAAUACAAAUAGAGCGAAAGAGGAAGAAAAUGUCAAGAAGAACAUCCAUCCGGAGAAAUGAAGGGAAUGAAAGUUUUAAGCUGCAGAGCCGUUCUGUGCUUUUCCGGCACAAAAUUAUAUCGCUGGUUUUAAGCCCUUUUGCAUUUGCCAGCCGUUGACAUUAAGAGGCAUGUUUAACGGUGCCAACAGCAUCUCCUUUUCCUUCUCCUCUUCCUCUUCUUCUUCUUCCUCCUCCUCCUCCUCUUUUUCCUCCUCCUCAUUCUCCUCCCAUCAGCAAGAAGACAAACCGAGGACAGUCUUGAAAUAUCGAAAUUUCCUCUUUGGGAUUUGCCAGAGCCGCGUUGCGCCAAGACUGUCGGAAUAAAGGACGCUGACUAUUGUAUUAUCGUUAUUUUAUUAAUUGGUCAGUGGAAAGAUUACAGAUGAGGGAAGGGGACGCCUGUCACCCUUCCUGUGCUUAGAUUUAAAAAAAUGAGGCUGGAUUGCGGGAAGCUCUAGAAUGAAGCAAAAGAAGUAAGAUUUUUAAAGACAGAAAGCCACAGGAGCCCCCACGUAGCUCACUUUUAUUUGUAUUUUUUCAGAUUUUUUUUUCGUGGUGGUGGGGGAGGUGAUUGGGUGGCUGACUGGCUGCGGGAAGCUACUUCCUUUCCUUUUGGAGAUGAUUGUGCUAUUAUUGUUUGCCUUGCUCUGGAUGGUGGAAGGAGUCUUUUCCCAGCUUCACUACACGGUACAGGAGGAGCAGGAACAUGGCACUUUCGUGGGGAAUAUCGCUGAAGAUCUGGGUCUGGACAUUACAAAACUUUCGGCUCGCGGGUUUCAGACGGUGCCCAACUCAAGGACCCCGUACUUAGACCUCAACCUGGAGACAGGGGUGCUGUACGUGAACGAGAAAAUAGACCGCGAACGAAUCUGCAAACAGAGCCCCUCCUGUGUCCUGCACCUGGAGGUCUUUCUGGAGAACCCCCUGGAGCUGUUCCAGGUGGAGAUCGAGGUGCUGGACAUUAAUGACAACCCCCCCUCUUUCCCGGAGCCAGACCUGACGGUGGAAAUCUCUGAGAGCGCCACGCCAGGCACUCGCUUCCCCUUGGAGAGCGCAUUCGACCCAGACGUGGGCACCAACUCCUUGCGCGACUACGAGAUCACCCCCAACAGCUACUUCUCCCUGGACGUGCAGACCCAGGGGGAUGGCAACCGAUUCGCUGAGCUGGUGCUGGAGAAGCCACUGGACCGAGAGCAGCAAGCGGUGCACCGCUACGUGCUGACCGCGGUGGACGGGGGAGGUGGGGGAGGAGUAGGAGAAGGAGGGGGAGGUGGCGGGGGAGCAGGCCUGCCCCCCCAGCAGCAGCGCACCGGCACGGCCCUACUCACCAUCCGAGUGCUGGACUCCAAUGACAAUGUGCCCGCUUUCGACCAACCCGUCUACACUGUGUCUCUACCAGAGAACUCUCCCCCAGGCACUCUCGUGAUCCAGCUCAACGCCACCGACCCGGACGAGGGCCAGAACGGUGAGGUCGUGUACUCCUUCAGCAGCCACAUUUCGCCCCGGGCACGGGAGCUUUUCGGACUCUCGCCGCGCACUGGCAGACUGGAGGUAAGCGGCGAGUUGGACUAUGAAGAGAGCCCAGUAUACCAAGUGUACGUGCAAGCCAAGGACCUGGGCCCCAACGCCGUGCCUGCGCACUGCAAGGUGCUAGUGCGAGUACUGGAUGCUAACGACAACGCGCCAGAGAUCAGCUUCAGCACCGUAAAGGAGGCGGUGAGCGAGGGCGCGGCGCCCGGCACUGUGGUGGCCCUUUUCAGCGUGACUGACCGCGACUCAGAGGAGAAUGGGCAGGUGCAGUGCGAGCUACUGGGAGACGUGCCUUUCCGCCUCAAGUCUUCCUUUAAGAAUUACUACACCAUCGUUACCGAAGCCCCCCUGGACCGAGAGGCGGGGGACUCCUACACCCUGACCGUAGUGGCCCGGGACCGGGGCGAGCCUGCGCUCUCCACCAGUAAGUCGAUCCAGGUACAAGUGUCGGAUGUGAACGACAACGCGCCGCGUUUCAGCCAGCCGGUCUACGACGUGUAUGUGACUGAGAACAACGUGCCUGGCGCCUACAUCUACGCGGUGAGCGCCACCGACCGCGAUGAGGGCGCCAACGCCCAGCUUGCUUACUCUAUCCUCGAGUGCCAGAUCCAGGGCAUGAGCGUCUUCACCUACGUUUCUAUCAACUCUGAGAACGGCUACUUGUACGCCCUGCGCUCCUUCGACUAUGAGCAGCUCAAGGACUUCAGUUUUCAGGUGGAAGCCCGGGACGCUGGCAGCCCCCAGGCGCUGGCUGGUAACGCCACUGUCAACAUCCUCAUAGUGGAUCAAAAUGACAACGCCCCUGCCAUCGUGGCGCCUCUACCAGGGCGCAACGGGACUCCAGCGCGUGAGGUGCUGCCCCGCUCGGCGGAGCCGGGUUACCUGCUCACCCGCGUGGCCGCCGUGGACGCGGACGACGGCGAGAACGCCCGGCUCACUUACAGCAUCGUGCGUGGCAACGAAAUGAACCUCUUUCGCAUGGACUGGCGCACCGGAGAGCUGCGCACAGCACGCCGAGUCCCGGCCAAGCGCGACCCCCAGCGGCCUUAUGAGCUGGUGAUCGAGGUGCGCGACCAUGGGCAGCCGCCCCUGUCCUCUACCGCCACCCUGGUGGUUCAGCUGGUGGAUGGCGCCGUGGAGCCCCAGGGCGGGGGAGGGAGCGGAGGCGGAGGGUCAGGAGAGCACCAGCGCCCCAGCCGCUCUGGCGGAGGGGAAACCUCGCUAGACCUCACCCUCAUCCUCAUCAUCGCAUUGGGCUCGGUGUCCUUCAUCUUCCUGCUGGCCAUGAUCGUGCUGGCCGUGCGUUGUCAAAAAGAGAAGAAGCUCAACAUCUACACUUGUCUGGCCAGCGAUUGCUGCCUCUGCUGCUGCUGCUGCGGUGGCGGAGGUUCGACCUGCUGUGGCCGCCAAGCCCGGGCGCGCAAGAAGAAACUCAGCAAGUCGGACAUCAUGCUGGUGCAGAGCUCCAAUGUACCCAGUAACCCGGCCCAGGUGCCGGUGGAGGAGUCCGGGGGCUUUGGCUCCCACCACCACAACCAGAAUUACUGCUACCAGGUAUGCCUGACCCCUGAGUCCGCCAAGACCGACCUGAUGUUUCUUAAGCCCUGCAGCCCUUCGCGGAGUACAGACACUGAGCACAACCCCUGCGGGGCCAUCGUCACCGGUUACACCGACCAGCAGCCUGAUAUCAUCUCCAACGGAAGCAUUUUGUCCAACGAGACUAAACACCAGCGAGCAGAGCUCAGCUAUCUAGUUGACAGACCUCGCCGAGUUAACAGUUCUGCAUUCCAGGAAGCCGACAUAGUAAGCUCUAAGGACAGUGGUCAUGGAGACAGUGAACAGGGAGAUAGUGAUCAUGAUGCCACCAACCGUGCCCAGUCAGCUGGUAUGGAUCUCUUCUCCAAUUGCACUGAGGAAUGUAAAGCUUUGGGCCACUCAGAUCGGUGCUGGAUGCCUUCUUUUGUCCCUUCUGAUGGACGCCAGGCUGCUGAUUAUCGCAGCAAUCUGCAUGUUCCCGGCAUGGACUCUGUUCCAGACACUGAAGUGUUUGAAACUCCAGAAGCCCAGCCUGGGGCAGAGCGGUCCUUCUCCACCUUUGGCAAAGAGAAGGCCCUUCACAGCACUCUGGAGAGGAAGGAGCUGGAUGGACUGCUGUCUAAUACGCGAGCGCCUUACAAACCACCAUAUUUGACACGGAAAAGGAUAUGCUAGUCAAUUCUACAGGACUUACCUGAAGCAGCAUGAUUUGCACAAAGUCGACCAACAAAAGCAUCAACUUUUCAACUUCAUUAUCUUGGCCAUCCAGUUAGUCAUGUGUAACUGAGUAUUAGAUUUCGGGCGGAGUCAUCAUGGCCGAUUAUAGGACCUAAUUGCUCUCAGCAGGCCUGAGAAAUGAGUUGAAAUGUGCAGAACUGUAGAAACUUUAGAGGCAACUGAUUUUGCCUCCCCGAUCAGUGUGUGCCUGUUUACAGCACUAUCUAUCUUUCUCUCUCCAAAUGUCACUGAGCCCUUUAGAUGUUUAUAUUCACCACGAGAAGCCAGUCAUAAAGAUAAAGGAAAUUUGUGCAUUAUAAAUGCAAUAUCACUGUUUUAAACUUGACUGUUUUAUAUUAUUUUUGUGUGAUCAAGUGUUCCCCAAACUAUUCCAACUUUACAAGAGAAAUUGUGAUUAUGUUCUUUUCACCUGUGGGUUAUAAAAAAUGUUGUAUUCUGAAGACCCACAAAAUAUCAAAGACAUUCUGUAGUUUAUACACCGUGUUGCAAAGUGUUUACUGUACUAUUUCAAAGCUUCUAAAUAAAUAUAAAAUAUAUAUAUUAUAUUAUAUAAUUUUCCUAAAA